AUGGAAUCCCCAGGUGCACAUCGUACAAGGGAUCACGCGCGAGUUCCAUCGUCGCCCCCACUAGUAGGCUCAGUAUUAUUGGUACCUUGGAAGCAAUCGAUCGCGGCUGACAGUUCGCAUGUCAAUAAGACACUGCUCGACUUACUGACCCAACCCACACGAUCAAAUGUGACCAAACCUGCCCUUGCCAGUCUGGAAGCUUUCGCACCGGAGCUGGUUGUGCCCCGUAUGGAUAUCUCUGGACCGGCAGCCGAGAGUGUUGUAGAGGAGACGAGCAAGGUGGAGUACGAGGCGGGAAGCGUUAUCAAGAAGCGCAAGUUGAAGAUGAAGAAACAUAAAUACAAGAAAUGGAGGAAAAAGAUGCGUCCGUUGUGGCAGAAACUAGGAAAAGUGUAAGCUUGUCCCGGCUUCUUGCACGCUGUUCUGACUGCUGCGACCUUAGACACGGUUUAGAAGGGAACACAUCAAGCUCAAACUCACAAGCUUACAGGAUUCGGAUGUGGUGUAUCUUCCCAGAUUUCUAUGCUAUAGUAUUACGAGAUUGUCGGUGAUCAGUCUCACGCUCCACUUCACAUCUCAUCGACAAUUCCAGUUGUACGUCGCACCUUUUUUUGUUUGGAAUGUCAUUACUUAGUAUUAAAAGGGAGUAAUCUGGAAUUCAUGGUAUUCGAUCGGAUCGGCUACUUGUUCAAAGUUACUCAUGGAUAGCAAUCG